AUGUCAAAAACAAAGAUCUACAGCAACAUCACCAAGAAAAUGCCACGACUACCCAAGGUUAUAACUGUGUCAGAGUUUGGCAGAAUUAUUAAAGAUAAAGAUUUCGGUGAACGGGUCUCCAGACGUGUUGAAGGAAAGAAUCUCAAAGAUAAUGCGAUCGGAAACUUGGUGGAAUCAGCAUCUGCCUUCCGCACAGAAAUAAGUAAUGAUGGUAGCAAUACAAUAAAUGUUGGAUAUAUCAGAAAAUCUCCAGGCUUUGAAAGCGUAGAGACACGGCAAAGACUCCUCGAGACAAUGAUAAUGAAGAAUAUCUAUCAUAUAUUUUUUUUUCUUUUGACAGCUGCCAAGAAAAACUUGGCUAAGAAAUCUCUAAAACUGCCAAGAUCACUACCAUUUACAAGGAUCGAUCUUGUCAAAGAAAAGCCGCCGUAUUUAAUUAUACAGGCACUUGGACCGCCGGAAUUCGGCUACGUGCGCCCAACAUUUGCGUUACAACAUCAAAUACUUCAAGAAUUAGUAAUCCAAAAGAGAGAAAUAACGAAAGAAAAUUGUGUAAAUUACUAUAGUUUCAUAAAUAUCAUGGCUAUUACAUCCUUUGAUAUCGUACCUGAUAAUGACUAUAUCUUACUACACGCCAAUGAUGUACCUGGUAGAGACAUGCUUAUCAUAAGAGGAUAUGUAACUCUGUGUGUAUCGAAACCGAUCUCCUUGCGCCAGAUCAGAGUUCAAUUGAAAGGAGUCCUUAAAAGUGUAGUUAACACUGAAUUUACCGACAAAGUCACUGGUCUUUCCAAAUCUGUUCAGGUUCUAGUCCGUGAACAAAAAGAAAUUCUGGGAUCAGUUGCUCGAUUAGAACCAGGUGUUUCUCAGCGCUGGCCGUUUGAAAUCAUUAUUCCGGAUAGCGAUAGACUGCCAGGUUCACUCACCAUCCCUAAUCACUCUAUUGUCUAUGAUCUCAGUGCCAAGUUGAUCCUAGCAUCGGUUACUGAGCUGUUCAAGUUUGGAUUCUGGGCCGCCAAAGAACGAGUUUCAUCAUCUUCAUCAGUACCAUCUCCUCCUUCCUCUUCUUCUUCCUCUUCUAUCACAGUAUUACCACCACCGCCACAAAGUAACAUUUUGUCCCCAUUAUUGGAUCGAGAGAGGAGCAACGACAAGAAUAAAAAGAAAGAUCAUCAAACUCGCCCUUGGUUACGGGCCAGACACAGCCUUGAAAUCCAGAAACAUACUUUUGGCUAUCUGGACAUCCCGUUGUUACUCGACGUGUUUCAAAAGAGAUACCAAGGUACACGACAGGGUCAUUUGUCGUACACAGUAAUCUGUCCUUCGCUUAUUGUCCGAACUCAGGACUCUAUUGGUUUCCAGUGCACUCUGACCCCACUGAAGGAAGAUACCCAGGUUGUUCAGAUAAUCGCUGAACUUGAGCAAUCAGAACGAUACCCUAUUCAACCAGGAGAAUAUAAAUCUGACCAGACAUUUGAAGGCAACAUGAUGCGGACUCGUAUUCGAAAGAUAGUCCAUAUGGAAAGAACUAUCCUGCCUAGUGAGUCACUUGAAAAUUUGUCAUUUUCUUUGGAUCUCGAUUGGUCAAAGAUUUCUCGCCAGCUCUCGUUUCCAGGGUUGGAAAUCAACCACCAACUGCGUCUCCAGAUACACUUUUCCAGGACAGAGAUGGCCAAGCCCAUGUCACUUAGUUUCCCAAUCCGGGUGGGAAGUAUACCCAGUAGUGAUCAAAGCCACGAAACGGCACCAAUCAGUCAGAUGACCGAUGCUGCGGAUAUGAGCCAGUCUAAUUAUUAUAAUUAUAAUACAGAAGAUGAAAGCGAUAGUGAAGACAAUAGUGAAGGCGAAGGCGAAGGUCAUGAAUAUACAUAUGAAUACGAAGAAGGAGAAGGAGAGGAGAUUGGCGAGCAGAGGGAGGAUAGUGUAAAUAGAACCCGAAGAAGAAGAAUAAGAAGAAGAAAGCUUGUAUUGCAUACUAGAGAUGAAAGCCUUCCAAGUUAUGAUCAGGUCUUAUUGGAAGCUUCUCCACCAUCUCACACAAUCGAGACGCACGUUCCCUCGUCAAUUGGUUGUCUUGAUCAGCCAUAG